GGAGAACGUCAACAGUCGAGUGAUUGCGCACCAAUCAGCAAUACCAUGACUGAUUCCGAUCACAGCAAGCAUGAGUCCUGGUCAGCCACUCUGCCGGGGCGCGACAACAACAUUGCGAAGAUUCAUUCCGGGCCCUUCCCUCCGACAACCUCCACGGUGGCUUCACUCCUGUUCCGGGCGUCGCCCAUCGACCCAGCCCUUCGUCCGCCGUCGCCGUCGAACUCGCAGUCUCAAGACUCGAACUACAAACAUACUUCCUCCUCGACUGACAGUCAAUCGGGGUCACGUCAAUCGACUACGGAUACUGGCGCGGGAGCAUCAUCAGCGUCAUCGCAGUAUUCUGCAACGCUUCCCGAGGCGAGUUCUCUAGAUAAAUACACCCACAGCCCGAGCAGUAGCAGCAACGGUAGUGCCUUUCCCAGCUCUCUGGGCCCAUCUCUGCCUGGACUCUCUGCUUUGGCCUCGGUCGCAUCCGCGCCCACUUCCAAUCUGCGAGCCUCGAGUAGCAAUGCGCAGCCCAGUAUGGCCAAUAUGACAUACGCGACAUCUUCUCCGGCUGCCACUACUGGUGGGCAGGGCAAUAAUCCUCCUGUGUGCCAGAAUUGCGGCACUUCUACGACACCUCUCUGGCGCAGAGACGAACUCGGCUCCGUCCUUUGCAACGCCUGUGGCUUGUUCCUCAAAUUACAUGGCAGGCCCCGUCCGAUAAGCUUAAAGACCGAUGUCAUCAAGAGUCGCAACCGGGUCAAGACUGCUGGUCAGGGCCCCAAGCGUAAGUCCGGCGGCGCUAUCGAUACAAAUGGCUUGUCUACCUCGAGGUCCGAAGCAGGGACGCCGCCCAUGGGGUCCCAAGGAUACCGUCGCGCGUCGCGGAAGGCAUCACCGGGCCAUUCCGACCGAUCCAACUCACCCGUCUCCCGAACCGAAACGCCUGGUAUCCCUUCCAUGCAACAACCACACCCGCAGUCGCAACACAAUGCCAACAUUGCGCCCCAGCACAUGUUCGAUAGUGUCACAAUCGGCGAUCAUGGUCUCAGCCAGCCGAAUGCGCUACCCUCGGUGCAGCCGCGCCAGCCCUCGCCCACGGCGACCUCGGCGGCUGUGGACCGCCAUCUCGAGUCACCACAGACCUACGAUGGACUGCUCGCAGCCAAUACCUCUUUGAAGACUCGCGUGAGCGAAUUGGAGUUUAUCAAUGAACUCUUCCGGGGCCGGGUGACGGAACUGGAGCAGAGCGGCGCGACUGCGCGCCGAUCGGAGAUGAUCGUCCGGGACUCCGAGGUACGACUCCGGCGGUCUCUGGAGGAGGCCCAACGGCGCGAAGACGAUCUGAAACGGCGGAUAUCUGAGCUGGAGCGACAGCUUAGCGAACAGACCUCCUCUGCCAACCCGACGGGCAAUGACAGUCCCGGCGAGCCGCUGGCCAAGCGGAUGCGGCUGUCCGACGUCGUGGAGCAACCUGCGGAAUCGCCGACAAAAUCCCCCAAGAGUGUCUAAGGCCUCACGGGAGGGGGGCUUUGUUCGGACGAUGGACGCGCAUACGUGCGUCGGGCAGCACCGACGUAAACAAAUGCGCACACAGUCUGCGGUGCUGCGUUCUCUGAUCUUCCCCGGUCUCUUUGAUACCCUUUACGAGUCUUGUCAUUGGCUGGCUGUAUAUCGGAUUAACUACCUAAUUAUAUCACACAACCUUCUUUUCGAGCCACUUUCCCCCAUUCUCUUCUUCUACUCAUCCUAUUUCUUCCGAUAUGAGUCGGGGAGAGAUUAUUCUGCGCCUGCACCAACCUCCUCAUCCCAGCCCGACCGCACAAAAAACCCCUCAGAAAGAGAGAAAAAAAGAAAAGGACCUGUAAAGGGUUUACAUGUGUUCAAAGUAAUUCGUGUUAUUAUUAACUCCCUGAAUCUAAC